GUUCGCGGAGCUAUAUUAGUUGAUGACGAGCUCGAUGAUAUCAUCAUGAUGCGCUUUUACUCUCGAUGAGCAUAAUAAAAAUUAUUUCACAAUAUUAGAUACGAGAAGGACUGGGACUCAUUCAGAAAAAUGUGGCUGGGUCGUUUGAUCGAACAGGCAAGUCGUGGCGAUGAUAGCCGUGGUGGGUCACGUUUUCGCUCGAAAGGUCAGAUGGACCACUGGCUUGCGCGCGGCCGACCAACCCGCCUUGAGUUGGAACAGCGUGGUUAUAUUCGCGACUCAGAACAGGGGGCGGGGAUACUAGACUUCGAAGCCACAAAACGCGAGUUGGAACUCGUAUUGGCCAAUCUACAGCGCAAGCGUGCACAGGCUUUGCCAAGACUACUAGACGGAGGGGCGGCGCUUCCCACGCCUAUUGGAGACGAUCAUGGAAGCGCAGAAGCCACGGAUGAAGAAGAUCUGCCCCUGCAACCUAUCCUCGACGAAGAAGACCCUUUUUGUGGCGGUUGUGCAGACCUUUACGCGCCCGCACAAAACGAUUCAUCUUCAGCAGUCUCCAGCAUUUUAGACGCCAUAGUCGUGAACGAUGAAGCUCGAGCAGCGUAUCUGUCUUCUGCACUCGGGGGUGCAAAUUCAGGCGUUCCACAGUCGCUGGAAGCGUGGCAGGACAAGAUUGCUGCGACGACACGCUCUUUGACCGACGCCGACGACAAAGUCCGACAACUCCAAGCCUCAUUGGCCGAAAGCAUUCGAUCAGAAAUGCUACUCGAUGUAGACGUUAAUGACAGUCACGGACGUCACGACCUCCAGUUGCGGCGAGCUUUAGUGCAACUCGGGGACGCGGAAGCGCGCCUGCAGAAGGUGUAUCCUCAAGCAGAAACUGCGAAACUGGCUUUGGAGCGGAGACGGCAACUGUACUUGAGCGACGUGUUGGAGAUGCUGCAGACGACUGAGAAACUGAAAGACCUCGUUUUCGAGCGUGGUUCAGCCGAUCUGGUGACACUAGUUGAUCGCGUUGCAAAGGUAUGCGAACGUCUGCCCACACGGGCUCGUGCAUGCUGCGCUCAGAGAGUAGCCUUUCUCUUUGUUCCGUUAAAGCAGACUCUCAUGACCGAAGUCGCAACCGCAGUUGCGCAACACCGACACGCGUGGCCGGCGAAGCUGCAGCAUUUGGGGGCUUCACAGGAUGGGGACAAAGUGGGAUCCCCGUUGUCAGAAGAUGGCCAAGGCAACGAUGAGCAAAAACUUGCUAGACUGCGAGAAAUCGAUCAGCAAAGUGAAAGUGCGUAUCCUAUGUGGAAUCAGGUGUGGACAUCGUAUUCGGUGCAUCGCAGCUUCCGCCUAGUGCUGCGGUCCUUCGAAAACUCUUCCUCAUUGUCCCCUCCAAACCGAGAGCAGAGCACGACGACGAGGCACAACCAACCGUCGGGUGGCAGAAGCCCACAAAGGCGCGACAACCAUGAGGAGAAUGGUAUGAUUUCACCCCCGAAUCUCAGUCCUCGCAAUUUUGGAGGUCCUUCUGCGUUUGGCGGACACCGAGAUAAGAUCAAUGGCGUCUCUCGAGGAUCGCAGUUGGGCGCAAGUAAGACUGUGGCGGCUGUGAGCAGCACGAGCAAAAGAGCGAGGGCAGGAACAACACCUCCAACUUCAUCAAGUGCUGCACUUGAAUCCGAAUUUUACGGUUUGAUUGUUCAGCCCAUGACACGGAUUUUCCACCAUCAUUUCUCCCGACCGGACUCCGAGCUUGCGCGACUCGACCGUCCUGACUGGGCGUUCCGGUACUUCAGAGAUUUACUGCGGGAUAAUUUCUCAUUGUUUCUCUCGUGGGUCCGUCGAAGGUCGCAGAGACUAUCGCAACACCAGCAGGCAGACGGUCAAUCGUCCUCACCAUCCGAAUUGCUGGCGCCAAUGAGUGAGUUUCUCGAGGGUCUAGUUCGUGAGACCAUUCGCCGAGGAAUUCAGCUGUUCCUGCGUACGAACUAUCCGCAUUUCAUCGCCAACGAUGCGCUUUUCUUGAACCUCAUCAAGGAGCUUGGCGCGUUCUUGCAGACGCUGCGCAGCGACGUGAGGACACUCUACCUCGAUCUGAUAACCGCAGUCACGAGUACAUCCAAGUCCGCCUUACCCUCUACCCCUGCUCCUCCACCCUUACACGUUACUCACGAGGCGGAGCGCUUUGCGGCAUCCCUCAUCAACACAGAGGUCUGCCGCGACAUUGCAGAAGAUCUCCUUGUAAUUCUUCCCUCUGGUGAAGAUUCGUGUCGCCUGUUCUCGCGAUGGCUGGAGCUCGACCGUGAAUUCCUCUCCGACAAAUUCGCUCAGGCCGUCCGAGACGUGGUAGAUUUAGUCGACGAGAAGCAAAAGCUUACCGCAGAAAAACUAUCAUUUUCUGCUGACACGGUCGGGCCUGUAACUGUCGCGUCUCGUGUGAGGUCUGAUGGCCGGCGCCCGCGAUCCUCUACCGCAGAAACCGACGCCGAGGAAGAAGGUCGAGGCAAGGAAAUUCUAGCAGAGAUAGAGGAGCAGCGCGCCUUUCUCGAUCAGCUGUGUCGCGCAGCACUUGAUCGCAUGACCCCCGUUGUAGGCGGCAUGAAGCGUUCGCGUAGUCGGUAUCUCGAAGAUGCCUUUGGGUCUGCGGUGCAGCACGCGGUGACGCACCAACUGAAGCACAUGUGGAACUCACGGGUAGUUGCGAGCGAGGAAGACGUGUCACGUGGCAGACACGAAGCGAACGAAGAUGGCGAAGAUAUAUUAGCGGAAGAUUCUGGUGCACAGCGACAAAGUGGAGGUCGUGCUAGAGGUUUGGUGCGGCGCGCAGGCGGCUUAGUGAAAGGGGGUCUGCAGGUUUUGCAAGGUGGUGCGCACGAAGAUGAAGAACGACUUGACUUUGGUCUUGGCGCUGCACUAUUGCGCGUUGCCCUAUUUUUUCUUAACUUGUUUCGCGGCUUAUCAGGCACAUUGGCUGAUCUCGAAGCCGUGCGUGGCAUUGACGAUCUCAAAAACUUGAUGGUCGACCAUCUGACUGACUCGUUUUAUCGAAUCUAUCUGCCUACCCGUGUGGACGCAGUAGUGAAGGCGGCUGAAUCCGACAGCGUUGUCGUGACAUCCACAUCAGAUGACGCAACCGUCAGAAUAAGAGAAGCAGCGCUCGGCUUUUUAAGUUCAGAGCUGCGCUCAUUCACCGCCCUCUUUUCCUGGCUACCCUUUGCCGAACGACAGCUCUUCGACAAAGUCAGUGUCCAGCUCUUCAUGGAACAGAUUGCCCCUCACGAUUUGUUCACCUCGAAUCAGCAAGGCAGAGAUCAAGUAACGCGACUUCAGAAAAUGUUCUUUUGCACAGAUUGAGAACGAGAACGUUACCUCCCUACUUGUUGCCCCCCUUGAUGAGGACAGAAUUCUUAAGCAUCUCCAAGAAGGUGUAAUUGUGGUUUCAUGUCCUUGUUGAUACAGGAUGAGCCAUCAUAAUUAUUCGAAGACUGUAGUACGGUGUCACCCGCCAAUGCUUACACAUACGACAGCACCUCCUAGACCUAAGGAAAAACAAGUGAUUUCCAUGAGCGUUGCAACUUCUGUGAAAGUGCGCACUUCGUUACAGUCUUUAUUUUUGUUACCCGUCCAGAGAGGGUUGUACCUAGUCGUACUAAAAGGCAUGACUACUUUUUAAUCUCACGAGCCGGCAACCCCGCCAACGAGUUUCACAAUUCUGUAGAGAGCUACAUUCAUUCUGGUUGUAACCGUCAUCUCUCCGUAAUAUGGUUGUCUGUUCAAGC